AUGCAGCUCCGAUACCUCCUCACUUUCCUUUGCCCGGCCAUGCUAGCCGUGAGCCAGGGAACCAAUAGCACCACCGGCGCGCUGGGCGACGCUCGCCCCGUCCGCAACAACCCCGUCAUCGGCGAAACUUGGGUAGCCAGCUUCGACUUGCCCGCGGUCCUGGGGACUGUUACCGCCGUGGCCAGCACCAUCGGCAUUAACUACACCGUGGACGUGACCGGUCUCGCAGUAGACCGAGGGCCGUACAAGUACCACAUCCACAUCCACCCCGUCCCCGAGAGCGGAAACUGCACCGAUACGGGCGGCCAUCUCGACUCGUAUGUACGGGGAGACUCGCCGCCGUGCGAUAGUGCGCUGCCGCAGACAUGUCAGGUUGGAGAUCUGUCGGGCAAGUAUGGGACGGUAGCCGGGCCGGAGGGUUUGAAAGAAUUCAACGACCCCUACACGGCCACCAACAAGAUUCAACUGGGAUACAUCGGCGGCCGAUCUAUUGUCUUCCACGAUGCCAGUGGUGGGCGCAUCGCAUGUGCUAUGCUCGAAAAGGUGGAGGUUUCCACCUCGUAG